AUGAUAGAAAUAAUACUGAACGACCGGCUGGGGAAGAAAAUCCGCGUGAAGUGCAACCCGGAUGACACCAUCGGGGAUUUGAAAAAGCUCGUGGCGGCACAAACAGGAACCAGGGCGGACAAAAUACGAAUACAAAAAUGGUACACCAUUUACAAGGACCACAUCACCUUGCAAGACUACGAAAUUAAAGAUGGGAUGAGUCUCGAGCUAUAUUAUAACUGA